CGGCGACGCUUGGCAAGUGCCAGGACGGCGGUGGGAGGGCAGGUGACGGCAGAAGGACGCCGAGAGCAGCUAAAAGCCGAGAGAGGACGCCCGGAGAGACGAGUCCCCGCCGGGUCUCCGCUAGCCUCAGCGGAUCUGCUUGCCCCGAGGACAACGAGAUGCUCGGCGCGGCUUUGGGCAUCGGGGUCCUGCUGGCCCUGGUGGGCGGCGCGGCCACCCACAGCUGCGUUGGCCCCGACAAACUGGUCUCCGAGCUGCUCGAGCGCCUGGAGGACUCCGUCAACAAGGACGAGCCGCCGAACCCCAGCGUCCUGCUGGCCAUGAACCUGGCGGGGGCCACCGGCGAUGGCACCCGCAAGUGGCUGCUCCAGGAGAUAAAGGAGGAGGCCGUGAAGAGAGCCCAGAAGGACAUGACGUCGGGCCAGGUGGCUCUGUACGUGCUCGCCCUCCUCUCCUCCUGCCAGGACCCCCAUCACACCCACGCCCUGGGGCAGACCGUCGACCUGUUCCACGUCCUGCAGAAGAAAACCAAGGAGGAGAUGGACCGCCUGGAGGCGACCGGCGUCCCCAAGACCACCCUGUACAGCGUGAGCCUGGACACCCUGGGCUUGUGCCUGGGGGGGGUGAGCGGCUACGAAGACGCGGCCACGGCCUUGGCCAAGGAAGCGCUGAGCCCCGCCAGCCACCUCUCCGUGGACACCCGUGCCGUGGCGGCGCUGGCGCUGGCGUGCACCUACCACCGGACGGAGCGGCAAGAUUUACAGCACCUGCUCUGGGAAGCGGUGUCGGUGGUGACCAACGGCUUCCUGGACGAGCAGGAGAAGAGGGAUGGCAUGAUGGGGAACAUCUACAGCAUGGGGCUGGCCCUGCAGGCGCUGGGCUCCACGGCAAUGUUUUACGCCCCGCGGGAGUGGGAUUGCGCCCAAGCUUUCUCCGUGGUGUACGGCCACGACUACCGCCAGCCCAUGGCCAUCGCUCAGGUCCUGCCGGCCCUCGUGGGCAAAUCCUACCUGGAGGCGGCUAGCCUGGAAUGCACGGCCAGCAGCGGGAUGUCCCCAAGCCUACAGUCCCUAAAGCUGGUUCCAAUCGGGGUUCAGAAAGCCCGCAUCCAGGUGCACUACUCCAUCAUCAACACGCUGCAGGGCAAGCACUUCCACAAAUCCAUCUCCGUGCGGGUGCCGGCCGGCUCCACGCUGCUGCGGGUGCUGCAGGCAGCUGAGAAGAAGGAACCCGACGUCUUUAGCUUCCAGACGGAGCAGACGUCCUGGGGUCCCAUGGUGGUCUCCAUCCACGGGCUGGCCGCCAACCCGGAGGACAGGACCUACUGGCAGUUCCUCAGCGGGGAGGACGCCCUGCAGGAAGGGGUCGGCACUUACGUACCGGUGGACGGGGAGCACAUCCAGGCCGUCUUCAGCACCUACUGAAGGCACCGAGGGACGCGCGGCCUCGCCGGAGCCACUGUGAAGGCAAUAAAGAGCCGGUAUCAGCACAGCCCCGCGUGCGUGUGCGCGUCUCUCUUACGGUUGGAGGAAGCCGUCACAAUUUGUCGUCGUUUAGAUAUUUAUUCUCUCACCCAAAUGAGCCCGCCCCACCCGGGAAGGGGAAUCGGGGAAACAACAAGGAAACCCAAG